AUGACGAAUAGGGCUUCCGCCAGGGCCGAAGGUGACAAUAACGAGGGACUCUCGGAUUCGGCCGGCGAGGACGCGGGAAAUGCGGCCGGGUCAGGAGAAGUAGCCGGUUCCGAAGCUAGCAUAGCAGCAGGCUCGGAAGGAGCGGAAGGUGCAGAAGGAGCGGAAGGAGCAGGGGGGCGGGCAGCAGCAGGAGCCAGAGCAGCAGAUGCAGCAGAAGAGGGUACGUCCGGUGUGGAUUUCAUUAGUGGCGAUAAUAACACCCGCGAUGGCAGCAGCAGCAGCUGCAAUGCAGCCGUGGGUCUCGCAGGAGAGACGCGGAAAGCAGGAAGAGCAGUAGUGACGGCAGCGGAAGCAGCAGGACCAGGAACAGCAGCAGCUGGAGGAGCAGCAGGAGGAGGAGAAGCAGAAGCAGCAGCAGGAGCAGCAGCAGAAGUAGCAGCAGCAGCAGCAGCAGCAGAAGGAGCCGCCAAAGAACCAGGAGGUGCCGCAGGGGCAGGUUCGGAACUAUCAGACCUUGAAACGAACGGAGGAGGAGCAGGAGGAGCAGGAGAGGCAGGGCUGGGAAUUGGCGCAUUCGGAAGUGGGAAGGGCGUGGGGGGAGGGUUGGGUGAUGGGAGCGCAAUGAGAGGACUCGGCGAGGGUAAGGGCAUGGGCGGAGGAGGGUUGAGGAGGCAGGGGAGCGGGAUGGUCGGGGGACCGCGGAGGGAAGGGAGCGUGGGGCUGCGGCGGGCGGGAAGCGGCUUGCACGCGGGCAUGCGCACAACGAGUGACGUUAUGGCGCAGAUGCGGGGGGUUUCCGCAGGGGGAGGAGGCGGGGGGUUAGGGGGAGGCGGGGGAGGAGGUGGGGGAGUGGGGGCCAGGCGCGGGUUUGGAGGGGAGACGGAUUGUUCUGCGUGCAAGCUGAUUGCCCUGUAUGGCGCUACUGUCGGGUUUGGAGGGGAGACGGAUUGCUCCGCGUGCAAGCUGAUUGCCCUGUAUGGCGCUACUGGGCAGGAGAUUCACCGGUCAUCGUGCCCUCGUGCCAAAAAAGACGCUGGUAAGUGGGCGACUUUUGGGUUUGGAGGGGAGACGGAUUGUUCUGCGUGCAAGCUGAUUGCCCUGUAUGGCGCUACUGGGCAGGAGAUUCACCGGUCCUCAUGCCCUCGUGCCAAAAAAGACGCUGUGUUGGACAUGAGCAGUGCGCUGCGCGCAUGCGCCUCAUGGUGGCGGCACAGGAGGUGCUGUGCUGGAGGCUCAGCAAAGACUUAUCCCCCCUAUCCCUCUCUUCUGACCACCCGCCCCGCCCUUCCACCCUCCCUCUCAGGCGCGUCUGGUGCUGGCAGCGCCAAGCCAGGGUCGUUAGAAGGGAUGCUAGAGAUGAGCAGUGCUCGCACACGCCUCAUGGUGGCGGCACAGGAGGUGCUGGAGGCUCAGACGCGCCUGGGCAUGCACAGCGUGUCUACCACUGUAGGAGAGAAGGUGACGUCUGGGGGAGGUGGCUCUGGGAAGGCGGAGAAGGGAGGGGGCGGGAAGAUAGCGGGCAGUGACGGUGGUACUGGUGGGGGUGGUGCGGGGGGUGCGAGUGGGAUAGGUGGUGGUGGUGGUGAUGGGAGUAGGAAGAAGGGGGGAGGAUUUGCAGGGCUGAUGCGGACAAGCAGUAAUGCGGCGUCAGGUGGAGGUGGGGGUGGGGGAGGGAUGAAGGGCAUGGGGCUGGGUGGGCUGAUGCGAACCAGCAGCAACGCAGGCAGCAUCAGCAGCAGCAGCAGCAGCAGCAGUGGUGAUGCAGCGUCUGGGGGAGGCGGGGGUGGGGGAGGGAGGAAGGGCAUGGGGUUAGGCGGGCUGAUGCGAACCAGCAGCAACGCCAGCAGCGGUGGCAGCAGUGGUGUUGGUGGGGGUGGGCUUGGGCUGGUUCGGACAAGCAGCAGCGCAGCUAAGGAGGCAGGAUUGGCUGGUGGAGGCGGGUUCGGGGGAGGUGGAUUUGGGGGAGGUGGAUUUGGGGGAGGUGGAUUUGGUUUGCCUGGAAGCAAGUCUACAACUGGAGGAGGGGGCUUCUCCCGUUCCAGCAGCACUGCCUCUCCUCUGGGCGGCAGUGGUGGGGGUGGUGGCCUUGGUGGCAGUGGCGGCAACAGUAGUGGUGGAAAGGGGUUGAGUGGGCUGGGGAGCAAUAUAGGUGGGUCUGGGCUGAGGAGGACGAGCAGCAAUGCGGGGACUACGAGUGGGAAAGGGAUGGGAGGAGGGGGGGCUGGUGGUACUGUAGUGGGGAAGUUGAAACGGUGGAUCUCUGGUGUUGAACAGGGUCAUUCAAAAUGA